AAUGGAUGAUGAUGAUGAUGACAUUCCCCAGCUUUCAUCCCAUACGUUGGCUGCCCUCCAGGAGUUCUAUUUGGAACAGCAGCAGAAAGAGGGCAUGAAGACCUCCCAAGGGUUUAAUCAAUAUUCCGUUGGCUCAAUAGAAGAAGACUGGCAACUGAGCCAGUUUUGGUACAGCGAUGAAACUGCAUCAUGCCUGGCUAAUGAAGCGGUUGUGGCAGCUGGAGAAGGUGGCAGGAUAGCAUGUGUUAGUGCACCGAGUGUGUACCAGAAACUGAAAGAACAGGAUCGUAAAGAUUUUUCUGUGUAUAUACUGGAGUACGACAGAAGGUUUGCUGUAUAUGGAGAAGAAUUUAUCUUCUAUGAUUACAACCACCCUUUGAACUUACCUGAAAACCUCCUGCCACACAGUUUUGACAUCGUAAUAGCAGAUCCACCCUAUCUGUCUGAGGAAUGUCUUCAAAAAACUGCAGAGACCAUCAAAUACUUAACAAAAGGAAAGAUUCUGCUUUGCACAGGUGCCAUCAUGGAGGAACAAGCAGCACAGCAUCUUGGUGUGAAGAUAUGCAAGUUUAUUCCAAAACACUCACGAAAUUUAGCCAAUGAGUUUCGAUGUUACGUGAACUAUGCUUCUGGACUGGACUGAUUCUCAGAAGAUCUACAACUUCUUCAGUCAAGCUCCUUUCCAGUUUUUAUCAGUGACUCCACAUUUCUCAAUGCUGAAAGAUUCAGCUCCAAGUACUGUUUUUUGGGCUAGCUUUAAUCAACAUGGUGCGAUAGCCUCUCUCUUUUAAAUGUGUAAACAUUUGCAGUUACAGUGUUUUGUAUCUCACCUAUUAGGUAAAUGGGGACCAAACAAAGCAGGUGCUGGAUAAUGGGGACUUCCCUGUUAGAGUUUCAUUCUAACUGGUAGUUUUUAACACUCAAGGACUCUUCAGUGACCUCUCUGAAGUGAUUUUAGCUGGUUGGCUUAUAACAACACAUAGGUGCUGGCCUCACAGACAUCUGAAUCGUCAUUGCAUCAGAGCUGAUGGGUGAAAGAGCAUGAAUAGCGGUCUCCUUU